UCAAAUUGAGCUAGACAUCCAUAUUUAAUUCACUGUAAACAUGUACGUUUCUCCAUGCAUUUUAAGGGGCUUAGACCUGCUUCAUUGCAUGGAUCUGGCUUAAAUAAUGUAUGUUUGGCUACAUCGUUGCAAAGUAUUGGGAUUGAAAGAGAUCUGAUGCAACGUAAUCGAGAAGUUGUCUUAAAGGAAUAUUCCAAUCACAUGUAAACAUGCGGAGACGACCACAGUCUGAAGCUUUAACUGCGUCAUAUCUCAGGAGGACUGGAAGCGAGAAAACCGUUUCUGCAGCAGCACAGUCACAAUUUCACACAGAUCUCUGGCUCUGUUUCACUGUGCAGAACUGGAUACUGGACUUUGGGAGGCCAAUUGCUAUGAUCGUCCUGCCUCUGGAAUGGUUUCCUCUGAAUAAGCCCAGUGCUGGAGACUAUUUUCACAUGGCGUAUAAUGUCAUUACGCCAUUCUUAUUACUGAAGCUGAUCGAGAGGAGUCCCACAGCCCUGCCUCGCUCAGCUGUUUACCUCAGCAUCAUCACUUUUGUCAUGGGAGCCAGCAUACACCUGGUGGGAGACUCAAUUAAUCAUCGUCUCAUCCUCAGUGGAUACCAGCUUCACCUUUCUGUCAGAGAGAAUCCCAUUAUCAAGGAUCUAAAGCCUACCUCACUGAUUGAUUCCUUUGAGCUUCUGUAUUACUAUGAUGAGCACUUAGGGCAUUGCAUGUGGUAUGUCCCAUUCUUCCUCAUCCUCUUCCUGUAUUUCACUGGCUGCUUUACACAAGGUAAAGAUGAGAAGAUGCCUCUCUCAGGUUGGCUGCUUCUUGGUCCCAGCACAGUCUAUUAUUGGUAUCUGAUUACUGAGGGGCAGAUCUUCGUCCUGUAUAUCUUCACCUUUUUUGCCAUGGUUGCCACUGUGAUGCGUCAGAGGCGGAUGGGGUUCACGUUAGACAGCAAUGGACGUUUCCUCUUCUAUAACUUCGUCAUUACUCUCGGAUUAGUGCUGAUUUGGGUCGCAUAUCUGUGGAAUGACAAAGUUUUGCGCAAAAAGUAUCCCGGGAUCAUCUAUGUUCCUGAGCCUUGGUCCUUUUACACCUUACAUAUCAAAGGCAGUUAAAAUACAGCAAUUAC